CUUCUCUUGUCCACAAUAUAUUUAGUUAAUUACCACUUUUGAGUUCUUUGUGUGUGAGCUUUCAAAACAUACUUUAGCUACAUAGACUUGUAUCUACACUCACUUAGACUCAACUUUCUUCAUAGUUACAUGUCCUAACAAACUAGACCAAACACAACAACCUUAGCCCUUCACAAAUCAACAUCCUAUAAAACACCAAACAUAAACAAAAAUCACAUCUCCAUCAAUUACAUCUUAUAAGAUCAAAUAAUUAACAUCUCAAAAUUUCUUUUUAUUUUUUUAUUUCUGUGAAUUGGUUUGAUCAUAUCAUCAUGAGCAUCUCAAUGUCCAUGUGCAGAUUAAUUAGACAGCCCCUAAUAAGUAAUGUUCCAUGUAGUGGGAAAAAAUUGAAUGUGAGACAAAUUCAGAAAGAAAAUGUAGUGUUGGUGAUGGGAGCAACAGGGACAGGAAAGUCAAAGCUUUCAAUUGACUUAUCCACUUAUUUUCCAUCAGAAAUAAUCAACUCAGACAAAAUUCAAAUCUAUGAAGGUCUUGACAUCGUAACAAAUAAAAUCACCAAAGAAGAACAAAGAGGUGUACCACACCAUUUACUAGGAACACACAAUCCAAACAUAGAGUUCACAUCCAACGAUUUUCGCGAAAAAUCAACCUCGGCUAUUGAUUCAAUCACAAACCGGGAACAUCUACCGAUUGUCGUUGGUGGCUCCAAUUCCUACCUGGAAGCCUUAGUCGACGACGACGAUUACAAAUUUCGAUCCAGGUACAACUUUUGUUGUCUUUGGGUCGAUGUGUCAAUGCCUGUUCUUCAUUCCUAUGUGGAACAACGCGUCGAUCAAAUGCUUAACAAUGGAAUGGUGAAUGAGUUAAGACCCUUUUAUAAUCCAAACGGCGAUUACUCAAAAGGCAUAAGAAAAGCCAUUGGUGUUCCUGAAUUUGAUGAGUAUUUUAGAAUGGAAAAUUUAGUGGAUGAUGAAAGUAGGAAAUUGUUGGUUGAAAAAGCAGUGAGUGAAAUGAAGAUGAAUACGUGGAAACUAGCUAGGAAACAGUUGAGGAAGAUUCAUUGGCUUAAGAAUGUUAAGAGAUGGGAGAUUCAUAGAUUAGAUGCUACACCUGUGUUUAAGAAGAGUGGAAAAGAAGCUGAUGAAGCCUGGAAGAAGAUUGUUGCAGAGCCAAGUGCUAUGAUUCUGGCACACUUUUUAUAUAACUCAUCAAAUACAGCAACAAAUGUUGUUUCUUCCAAUCUUAGAGUGCCUAUUUCAUCUCAGAAUGUUUUGGCUGCUGCAACAUGCUAGAAGAUGAAAUUUUGUUUAGCACAGAAAUAAUGGUAAUUGAAUAAUUGUUUCAUUUUUGCUUUGAGAGGGGUAAGGAGAGUUUUGAGAAAAAUAAAAAAGUUUUAUCUACUAUCAUUGGAUAUAGAACAUAAUAUAUGCAUAGAGAAAAUGUAUCAGGUGGGAUCUUCUUCAACUUAGACUUUUAAAUAUAUAACUAAAGGGUAAAUUUUUUACACA